AUGUGGGAAGUGCCUGGAGGAUCGAUUCUGUUGUCCAUAACGGCCAUCAACAUACAACCCCUACCUGUGGGCGUGGUGCUCACGAAACUUAUCAGACGGGAGGCGGAUGAUGUCAUCGUUCCGUGUCUCGAUGGGUUUUCAGGAAGCUGCCAAAUUGAUCUGUGUGAUUUCAUGAUCAAUUAUCCAGAAUUGAUCUCGAUUCCAGUGGCCGGUUGUCCGAUUCCUCCGGCCAGCUACGUUUUUAAUAGCAACCUGGUUUUUAACGAACUUUGGCUGCCUGUUAAUGGAAACCUACAGAACGCCACGUACAACAUGCGAUAUGAGCUAAAAAUAGAGCAAGAAGUUGUUGGCUGUUUCACCUUACCAAUCAUCCUCUCAACUGGUGGCGUUUAA